AUGCCGCCCCAGACUAGUCUUCAGUUCUUCAGGAAGCGUCAGACCGUGGACACUCUAUUACUGGAGCGUCCGCAAAGCCUGUCCGCGUUUUACCAAGCCGUCGAGGUGGCCCUGAAGGAUAUUGAAAUUCAGCUGAUAGAGGCUCAGGCGUCUUUUUAUGGCCGGACACGUACCCUGGAGGAUGAAAUCCAGCAAUGGCUGCCUGCUCUUGAACAUACUAUGCAGUUCGCCAAGGUUGCGGACCUCAUUUGUAAGGAUAAUCUACAAAAUGUGUUUGACCUGUACGAAAGGUCGAUGGGAGACCCCACUAUGGAAGUAAAGUUUGACAAACCUUCCGUACAAGCAGCUAUGCAAGUCAUUGAUAAAGUGCUUUCUCAACUUAAGACAGGGUUUGCGUCCAUCAUGGAAACGCUUAAGACUAUUUUGUGUUUUAUGAAGAAGUACUGUUUGAGUUUUGUUGGAACUGAUGGAGAUUCAUUUCUAGAAACAGCAACUAACUACGAAAAACAAAGACGAGAUUAUGCAAACGCGAUUCAAAUUAAUGUAGAUGAUAUCUCACAGAUGGCCGUACGUUUUGAAAAAGACGGUAUCCAUCUUCAAGAAUUAGGCUCGAUUCCAAACCAACUUGCAGAUAAAUACGAAUGUAAACACAUACCAUUACUUGUUAUGUUCCCAGGAGCAUGUGAAAAUAUCAGAAACGCUUGUAUUGGAAUCCGAAAGUGGCUACAAGCCGACCAUGGGUACCCGACAUUUCUGCAAUAUGAUUUACAGGACCUGGAAAAAAGACGGGAUGACUACUGCAAAACCAUCCGAGAUAUACAGUUAAGCGCCUCUCAUCUAGACCACAGAGUCAAGGUCUGUAAAAGGGACAUCAAUGACAGCGACGCAGAGCUCAAACGGUUACUGCCGAAAGAAAAAAUGGUUAAACGCCAAGCAGACAGUCUUGGUAAUGAGCUCAAAGACUUGGAUAUGGAAAUAGGCUACCGCGAAAUCCGCCGUGAACAAUUAAAACAUGACGAACAAGGAAGCAAUAAUAAACAAAAGCUCGAUCAGAAUUUGUCUGAACUGGAAAAUUUCAGAGGUAAACGUUUAAUCAUAGAUAGAAGGUACGAAGAGAUGAAACGAAAGCUUCAGUUUCUCCAACUGAAAAGGGAAAAAAAGGCACAAAAAGAACAAGACCUUGUGGAUUUACGGAAGGAACACAAAGCUGUUAGAAAGGAAUUAAGGAAGACAGAAUUGGAGAAAGACAGACUACAAAUAAACGUGAUGAAGAUGAGAGAGAUUAUCCGUUUUAAGACAAGUCCAGAAGUUUUGAAGAAAUUGUUUUACAACAUGCCCUUAACAAAUAAAAACACUGGACUUACGAAACGGAAAAAAGGAGCAGGUAACGUUAUAGACAAGCUAGAGAGGGCGUCUCGAGUCACAGCCAUCCACAUCGACACCGAUUGGCCAAAGUUGUAUCGUGUACUUCCGUUUUAUCCGCCGCGUGGAGACGAGAACGUGCGCAUGGAUAUAGAUGAGAUAGGUCGCGUGUUCAUGCGAGAUGUCCAGGAAAACCAGGCCAAACAGGCUCUUGCCAGAUGGCGGCGGAUGCAUAAUAGGGCAAGUGUGGACGACCUAAAGGCUGCCCUCCAACAGAUCAGACGAAAGGACAUUGUUGAUGAAAUAGAUACAGAACUUGCCAAACGUGCAAAUAAAGUUAAACAGGAAAAUUUACAGAAGGCGGAGUCUCCUACUAGAACUGUUCGCUUCCCGAGGGUAUUAGUACAACCUCCACAGACUCCGCGAUCCCGGAACAGUGGCAUGUUGUUUGUACGCUAG